AUGUCAAAUGUAGCUUAUGACCCGUACAUGCAAAGUACCGAUGUUGAUGCGCCCAAAAAAUCCGCAGUACCCAAAUUUGUUUCGCAUGUUGUCGUGAGCACGGUGAUCGUGGCUGGUGCUAUGAUCCUAAUAUUUCUGAUGUACAAGCUUUUGACUAAAGGAGCUGCCACUUGGAUUUUCGCAAGAUCCAAGGGUGACAGUAACCUUUACAGCUGUGAGCAGAUGCAACAUAUUGACACAGAACUCAAUCAAAUGGAUCCCACAAUGCCCUCCAGACCGCAAUUGGUAUACCAGAAAGUGUAG